CCCUAAGAGAUCCCAGUUUCUCCUUUCUAUUUGAAGCGUUUAUCAGCGACCAAAAGGGUUUUCUUUUACUUUUGCGUUUUGGUUUAUUCUUCCAUGAGUUGAUGUCUUUGGCUGUGUCACCUUCAAAUAACAUGGGCUUGGAUGACAACAACCAGAAUGAAGAGAUUCAGAAGCAACACGAAGAUGAAGGUGUGGAGAAGAUUUCAAAGCACACGAGCCACUCUUCCUUAGAUGGAGGCGGUGGUGACGAUGACGAAGACGAUGAUGAAGUAGCCAAUAAGCUUGAGCUUGGUCCUCAGUAUACUCUCAAGGAACAGCUCGAGAAAGAUAAGGAUGACGAGAGCCUCAGGAAGUGGAAGGAACAGCUCCUCGGAAGUGUGGAUUUUGAGAAUAUUGGAGAAACACUUGAGCCAGAAGUGAAAAUUCUAAGUCUAUCGAUUUUUUCUCCUGAUAGAGCUGAUAUUGUCCUAUCUAUUCCCGAAGACGGGAAGCCAAAAGGGUCGUGGUUUACUUUGAAAGAAGGAAGUCAGUACAAGUUGAAGUUCGCCUUUCAAGUCAGUAACAACAUUGUAUCUGGUCUCAAGUACACCAACACUGUCUGGAAAACUGGUGUCAAGGUUGAUGGCACAAAGGAGAUGCUGGGUACCUUUAGUCCUCAGCCAGAACCUUACAUACAUGAGAUGCCAGAAGAGUCCACCCCAUCUGGCAUGUUUACUAGGGGAUCAUAUUCAGCGAGGUCAAAGUUUGUCGAUGAUGAUAACAAAUGCUAUUUGGAAAUCAGUUACACGUUCGACAUUUGGAAAGAAUGGGCACCCACCACUUGAGGCAGGAGAAGUGUUUUGACUGUUUUCCCUUCCUGCAAAGCAAGCGCUUUUCCUCCUCCCUCAAUGCUCAUUUUUUUCCCCCUUCAAUGAUCCCAUCAACCCCCCAGCAAUAGAGACACACAGAAAGAAAUUCGUUUAACAAUGACCAUUGAUAAGGGGAAUUGUUUUGAAUUUCUGGUUAGCGUUGCUUGCACACGUUAUGGCUUCCAAAAUCUAGCCUGCCUUGGUUUCGUUUGCGGAGACUGGAAAUGGAGGCCAGAACCAGAAUCCCUUUAAUAAAUGGUACAUUGUUCUUCUUUUCUUGGUUUUUGUUAGUUUAGAUCUUCCAUUUGGUAAGCUAAAACAAAAGAGGCAAGGUUAGACUGUUUUUUAUUAUGGUAACCUAUGCGCGAAGC